AGUGUUUACAUUAUAAACCCACGUCGUAAAGAUAAGAUCAGUUGAAGCUAGGUUGUUUUGAUCAGCCUAUAGAUCGCCUAACAAUGGCUUGUACAUCGCUACUAUUGUCUAUUUUUGGAAUUUCCCUGCUCCACACUUCAAGAGGGUUCUUAGCAUCAGCUAACGAGACUGUGAUAACUGAAACAAACGCCGGGUCUGGCUCGUGCCCUGUCCAUUGUAAAAUAAAGCCUUGUGUCGCACAGGUGGGAUGUUCUCUCUGCGAAAACGGUUUCUGUCUACACUACCAACGGAACGGAACCUCAACUUUAGGAAUCUGUUUGGCAUCCUGUCCAUCAGGGUUCUAUUGCGAACAAUUCCGGUUUUCAAUCUGCAGAGCUUGCAAGGACACGAAUUGUGAUACAUGUGAUUCUCGCGGAAAAUGCACGAAGUGUAAAAUUGGUUUCUCCCUUAUGGCCAGCGACAGCACCUGCCACGCCGCCUCUACAACUCCACCCUUGACAACCGCUACAACAACUGCAGAUUCUACUACAACUGACAUCAUGUCGACGAUGGGACAGGCAAUAUCUGCAUCAACACCGAAUGUUCCAGGGGCGGCAUCUCUUUAAACAUGUCACGCAGAGUAAUUAACUGUGUAGUGUCUAUUUCAAUAAGUCCUGGUACCUAUAAAGCAAAAUUGUUGUUUUUCUAUCAAA